AUGCGAGGCGGUCGAAAUUGGCCUCGUGCAGAGUAUUUGGUUCCGAAUGCAGUGGAGAUACUCCGGAGCAGCCUGAUCCAUCAGGGGCCACCUGAGACAGAGCUCCGCCGGGUACUAAAUUCUCUUCCGGUUGACGUUGAGGCCCUUUGUCGCCGACUUCGGGAACUGAUUUGGGCCCGUCCAGGAUAUAGACAAUUGGCGACAGUUGCAAGCCUAACAGACUCGCAAAUCCUCCAGCAAUGGGAUAGGAAUCGAAGGGAAGCUGCCGCACAAGGCACGUGGAUGCACGCCAACUGCGAAUGUCUGCUCAAUGGUGGGAGUGUGCCAUUCAACACUCCGGAGGUUUGCAUGUUCGUGAAGUUUCUCCGUGACUUCCGUUCGGAGGGAUGGGUAUUCCAUAGAAUGGAAUGGGCUAUCUACGCUGAUGAGGAGGAUCUUGCUGGCUCCAUCGAUGCCGUGGCGCAACGUGGCACGGACUGGUGUGUCCUCGACUGGAAGCGGACCAAGCAACUGGCUUCGAAAGAAAACAGCUAUGGACGUCGUCUUCGGUGUCCGCUGGAGGAAGUGCCCGACUCAGUUGUCUGGCACUAUCGUGUCCAGCUGAACGUGUAUGCUUGGAUUCUCCAGCAUUACUGCAACGUAGCGGCCACGGAUCUUCGCAUCGUCUGUCUUCACCCGGACAACGAAUUCUCGCCCCUGGUGAUCUCUGUGCCACUUAUGCAAGAUCACAUGGACAAACUCAUGUCAUGGCGGCGAGCUGACGUGCAAUCACGCAUGCAACUGUCAAAUGUUGCGAAUGGUGAUCUACGAGGAGGAAGUCAACCAGGUUCGCCAUCCUUCUCGCAGCAACUUGGAGAAGAGCUCGAGGACGAGGCUGUGGAUGAGCGUGUCCCUGACGAGUUCGGUCAGCCACCAGAACACAAGAGACAAAGAGUCCACGAUAACCAGAACGUGGUUGCUUUCGACGCUGACGGAGACAUACUGCAACAAGUUCAGCACACACGUGAUGUUGUCCGAGGUCAUCCAGGGCAAGACACAUGGUCGGCUGAAUUUCGCCAUGUGCUGGAGGGGGCCUUGGCUGUGCAUCGGCUCCGGUUGCUGGAUGUGAGUCGACGAGAAGAAGUUCUGUUCUUGGAACUCAUCGAGGGAUGCGGUCGUCAUAUUCGUGCUCACGACGGGCAGUGUUUCUUCUACACUUCUCACGGACACUGGGCGGCUUACAAUGGCGUGAUACCGCAGGGGACUUUGGCCCGCUGCAAGAGCUACCUGAUGUAUCUGGAAGGGUUGUAUUCCAAGUUUGGUCCGAAUACUCCCCGGAAUGAAGACGGCAUUCUUGCAGCUGCCCAGGCGAUCCUCUCCGAGCACAACGGUUCCUGCGCAAUGUUAUUGAGCGAGUGUGCGCGAGCCGCCAUCUGUCGCGUGCCUCCUGCGAAUGCGAAGUCGAAGCAAGCCGGUCAAGAAAAGGAGGAAGAUGAGGAACACGGCAAAGGCGGCUAUACAUCGUGGACCACGGCAAUGGCCAACACUAUUGGCAAGCUCUACGUCAAAUUGCAGACAUCGUUGCUCAAUGACACCGUGAUCAAGUACUACGUGGCGUGGUGUUCGAAGGAUGUUCAGCGACAAGGCGGCUUCUGCACGUUGGAUGGAUGCUUCGUGUUCGAACAGGAUGGAGGGCUCAUCACUGUGGCCAGAAAUCCGGAAGCCAAUGUCUACAUCUUCAUUCCCCACCGGAUGCUGGAUCCGAUACCGGAGGAGGUGAAACAUAGAGUCAAGGUGUUCUGGAAUACAACAUACUGGGGAAAUGGUCCUGCCUUCGAAGUCUGCAUGGCCUCCUGGACUCUCGCUCUCAGAGGAGAAAAUGUGGACAGAGCAUUCUGGGGUAUCGGAUCCGGAGGUGUAGGACAAAGUUUGCAGACGGCUCAGGUUCCGGAACGGCUACCAUACGCGAUCGACACAGCGCUCGUCGAAUUGCGAGGAUGGAAGCGUUUCGAAUUGAACACUUAUCCGAAGUUCAGUGGAGUCACUGAAGAAACACUGGACUCCAUGCUACGCCGAACCGUUGCUUGCCGAUACAAGGCCUGUUUUGUGGAUCCUCAGCGAAUUGCGGGCAAGGAGGCGGAAGCUGCAGCCAGUGGAGUAUUUCCACGUGAUCCGACGUUAAAGGAUUUCCUGCGAGACAAACCAGCCUGCUUGGUGACUCUUCGCUUCCUGUGGAACUACGCCCGAGGACAUACAGCUGAUCAGUGUCGCACUGUUCUGGAGAACUACGUCGUCCACGGCGGCGAUGAAGGCCUUACAAGGAUUGCUGUGCGCACAAGCUGCGGUCUCUCGGUCGAUAACGAGGGAGUGUCCGAUCGAGUCCAGCAGGUCCUCGCAGCUUUGACUGUCGAGGGAGCCCGUCAGCCGGAGCAAGUAGAUGAGAUGGCACGAGCCAGGCAAGCGAAGAAAGAGGAACAACAGAAAAUCUCGGAUGAGAUCAAGACAUGGCUGCGGGACGAAGGCAAGGAUUGGUUCACUGCAGCUCAGGCCAAGGUGGCCAAGGCCUCCGUCAGUUUCGGUCGUGGAGAGGCAGCAAACGUGGUGCAGGAACUAGCUCGAGAUGGUUACUUGCUGUCGCAGACAAGAGAUCUUCCAAAGGCCGGACGCUCCACUGUUUACACUCCUUGCAUUCUCACCAAAAAGACCUUGGCAAACGUUGUUCCUAUGCAGCUAGAUUCUAAUCUGACCUGUGUCGAGGAGUACAGCUGGUCGGGCAUGCGUUCUCGUAUGAGUCCGGAAUCUUCGCGCAUGUUGAACCUGCGAACUAUAGCUGAUGCGUAUAGACACAAACCAAUCGCGGGUCGCAAGAGGGGCGCUCCCAAGAAGAAAACGACCGAGGACGAUAGCGAUGCCAGGCUCGCCGAGGACCUCCGGGCUAUGGCGAACAAAGAAACGGAAUUCUUCAAGGAGAUCCAAGAACUCGCAGACAAUGGGGAAACAACAGAGGGCGGACUCAUUCCCGUGCAGCGUCAUUACUACUACCCCUUCGAUGGUAGAUCUCGUCGUUUUCUGCAAGAACGAGGAGCACAGAAUUCAUCUCGUCUUGCCCGGGCCAUUUCCUGUCCGGACACGCGAGAUUUCGACCUUCAUGCGGCGAUGUUCACCGUCGUGGUGCGUUUGGCUGAUGCAGUCCAGGCGGAGAGCCUCGACAUCUCGGCUUGGCGCGAGAUUGCAGAAGAUCGGUGCAAGGUUUGUCUCCGGAAGCUUCACUGUACCGAAGCCGAAGGGAAGCAGAUCUUGUUGGAGGUCGCCAACGGUGCGUCCCUGACGAACUACAAGGGUCUGCGGGAAGACAGCGUUGUCUUCCUGAAGAAGCUAGCCAACCAGAGUCGAAUGCUUCGAUGGCUGGCGUGUUCACAACUGCCGGACGUCUACAAACAGUUGCAGAGCGACAGAAAGGUGACGUGGCCAGAGGCGGCGGUGUUUUCACGCUGGUGGACUGCGGCCGAAGACUUCAUCCUGGAGCACAUGCUGAGCAGCAUUCAAGAGCACAACCUUCGGGGUCAUGUGUCUUGUCACUUCGAUGGUAUCCUUUUGGGACGAUCUCUAGCCGAGGCCAUCGAGGGCAAGGUCAAUCGCAGCAUGGUGGACUACCUGCAAGAAAAAAAUUUUCCAGGGUACUUCGAUGCGUGUUUUCUUGAAAGAGAAGACCUUGUUGUCGUUCGAUGCAACAUUGACGGCAACCUUCCAGCCCGCUGCACCAGGGCAAGAGCUUGGUGA